AUGAAUAUGAUGCGAAGGUUGAAGAGCAUUGCUUCUGGGAGGACUUCCAUUUCUUCAGAUCCUGGAGGGGAUUCUAACUCGAAAAGAGCCAAGUUUGAACAAGAAACUGAAGUGAAGGUUGAUGAGAAAACAAAUAUUGUUGAUACAGUCUGCACAGAUCAGGAUCAGCCUGUAGAUGCACCAAAAGAAACCACAGUUGGCACAUCCGAUGUAUCAACAAUAGCUAGAACUGAGAAGUCAGGUUAUGAUGAACUUCCAAAAGAACUAAAUGAAAUGAAAAUUAGAGAUGAGAAAAGCAAGACCAACAAUGAAAAGGAUAUAGAGGCAACUGUAGUGAGUGGUAAUGGAACAGAAACAGGUCAAAUAAUAACAACUGCCAUUGGUGGUCGGGAUGGACAGCCAAAGCAGACAAUCUCAUACAUGGCUGAACGUGUGGUUGGGACUGGUUCUUUUGGUGUCGUCUUUCAGGCUAAGUGCCUUGAGACUGGUGAAGCAGUUGCCAUAAAGAAAGUGCUGCAAGACAAGAGAUAUAAGAAUAGGGAACUCCAGGUUAUGCGCACAGUUGACCAUCCUAACGUUGUUAAACUAAAGCAUUGCUUCUUUUCAACCACCGAUAAAGAUGAAUUAUACCUUAACCUGGUUUUGGAGUAUGUACCUGAAACUGUCUACAAAGUUUCAAAACACUAUGUUAGGAUGCACCAACAUAUGCCCAUGAUUUAUGUGCAACUAUAUACAUACCAGAUAUGCCGUGCAUUGAAUUAUUUACAUCAAGUUAUUGGUGUCUGUCACCGUGACAUCAAACCCCAGAACCUAUUGGUAAAUCUGCAGACACAUCAGUUAAAGAUAUGUGAUUUUGGGAGUGCAAAGAUGUUGGUACCCGGUGAACCCAACAUAUCAUACAUUUGCUCUCGAUAUUAUCGUGCUCCAGAACUUAUAUUUGGGGCAACUGAAUACACAACCGCCAUUGAUAUGUGGUCUGUUGGUUGUGUUUUAGCUGAGCUACUUCUAGGACAGCCAUUGUUUCCCGGUGAAAGCGGGGUUGAUCAGUUAGUAGAGAUAAUCAAGAUCCUGGGAACUCCAACCAGAGAAGAAAUAAGGUGCAUGAAUCCCAACUACAAUGAAUUUAAGUUUCCCCAGAUUAAAGCUCACCCAUGGCACAAGGUUUUUCACAAGAGAAUGCCACCUGAAGCCGUGGAUCUGGUGUCAAGGUUGCUUCAGUAUUCUCCAAAUCUACGUUGCACUGCUUUGGCUGCAUGUGCACAUCCAUUUUUUGAUGAUCUGCGGAAUCUGAAUGCAUGCUUGCCAAACGGGCGACCCCUACCUCCUUUGUUCAACUUCACAUCUCAAGAAUUGGCAAAUGCACCUGAAGAGUUGCGUCACCGCCUCAUUCCUGAGCAUGCAAGGAGUUGA